AUGAGCUUGCCUUUAGCUACUGCUUGGCAAUGUCUAGGUUUUGCGAUGGCUAAGGCUUGUUGGUGUUUUGCAAAAGGUGAGCUUGCCUCUUGGUUGUUUCUAGAUGAUGUGCAGGGUUUUGGAAUGGCUAAGACUUGGUGUUUUCUAACAGAGGGUAAGCUCGCCUUUGCCUUUCUUCUUCCUCCUCAUGGCAAUCGAUGCCUCCCAUUUAUAGGAAUUGGGAGUUCCUGGCAGUUGUGGAAGAUUGAGUUUUUAAUGUAG